AGCUGUGGAUCUGGAGCUGGAUGAGCUGCUGUGGACAGGGAUUGACCCAGGAUCCAGCUGCUGAGAACCAGGUCUGCGUGGAACCUCAGGGAAGGAGUUCGGGAGUUGGACCCAUCACGGCAUCAAAGACGCUCUUCUCCGCCGCAUCUGACCAGCAGAAAUGGCUUUGAUGGGUAAAACAGCGGUGGUGACCGGAGCUGCCAUGGGGAUCGGACGAGCCAUCACCGAAAUCCUGCUGAAGAACGGCGCCAAUGUGGUCCUGCUGGAUGUGAACGAGGGCGCCGGGAAGAGCCUGAAGGAAACUCUGGACACACAGUUUGGCAAAGACAAGUCCAUGUUCCUGAGCUGCAACGUGGAGUCGGAGGAGCAAGUUAAAGCUGCCUUCCAGAAGACUAUCCAGAAGUUCGGCAGGAUCGACAUCUUGUGCAACAACGCCGGCAUCCUGAAUGAGGUGGAGUGGAGGAAGGAGAUCUCCAUCAACGUGGUGGGUGUUGUCACCGCAGCCUUCCUGGCUCUGGAGCACAUGAACAAACUGAAAGGCGGUUCAGGCGGGCACAUCAUCAACACGGCGUCCAUGGCAGGUCUUGGACCCUUUCCAACCGCUCCGGUCUACACAGCCACCAAGUACGCGGUGGUGGGCUUCACCCGGUCCAUGGCGAUGGCCUCCAUGAUCUCAGGGUACGGCGUCCGGUUCAACGCUGUCUGUCCCUGCUUCGUCCAGACCGAGCUGUACGAGAAGAUCCCAGACCGUUUGGGACAGUUCACCCCGCUGAACGAGGUCGUCAAAUCCCUGGUGGAGAAAGUGGGCGUGAUCCAAGUGUCUGACGUGGCCGAGGCCGUCCUGCAGCUGGUGACGGACGAGAGCCAGGACGGCCAGGCGCUGGUGGUGAGGCCCAACGGCAAGAAGUAUGUGACGUUUCCUAACGCGGAGGAUUUCUGACCUGUUGUUGAGCGCUUCAUAAUAAAGCAAUGCCACACCGGGAGCCCUCUUUAUUGAG